UGAAGGAUAUGCUAUAAAAACUUCGUUUUACGAUAAUUUUCGAAUUAAUUUGUUGAUUUUACAGUUAAUUUAAUAACGAUUACAUCCUGUAUAUAGUCAAUUUGUUUAUUAAUGUGAUUUCGUAAUUACUUUGCGCAAAAAGGCGCAAAGGAUUCACCUUCAUUUUAUUACGAUGACAAAUGUGUGUCCAGGAUGAGUAAGAUGUCGAAGAAUAAAUUAAAUUUGACCCUCCCACCAGGGUCUAUUGACACUGCUCCGGCAAUUACACCGUCUAAUAUGACCCCACAGCUGAAAUCUGCCACUGCUACUGAGCGGCAGGGUUUAGCUGGGAAAUCAAAGACAAGUAUAGAGGCCCUGACUGAAAGACUGGAGCAGAUUGAGAUGGAUGACACGCAGAGGCGACGCAUUGAAGUGUUCCUCUGUCAGAAGGAAAAGAUAGGAGAACUUAGCGAUGAUGAUUUUGAAAAAUUAGGGGAACUAGGACAAGGUAAUGGCGGGGUAGUUAUGAAAGUUCGCCACAAAUCAACAGGCCUUAUAAUGGCGCGUAAGUUGAUCCAUUUAGAAGUGAAACCGGCUAUUAAGAAGCAAAUAAUCCGUGAGCUGAAGGUGCUGCAUGAAUGUAACUUUGCUCACAUUGUUGGUUUCUAUGGUGCAUUCUAUAGCGAUGGGGAAAUAUCAAUCUGCAUGGAGUAUAUGGAUGGUGGAUCAUUGGAUCUUAUUUUGAAGAAGGCGGGAAGAAUUCCUGAAUCUAUUUUAGGCACAAUAACAUCUGCGGUGCUGAAAGGGCUAAGCUACCUACGUGACAAGCAUGCUAUCAUGCACCGUGAUGUGAAGCCUUCCAACAUCCUCGUCAACAGCAAUGGUGAGAUCAAGAUCUGCGACUUUGGUGUCUCUGGACAGCUCAUUGAUUCUAUGGCCAAUUCCUUUGUGGGUACAAGGAGCUACAUGUCUCCGGAACGUUUACAAGGUACUCAUUAUUCUGUACAAUCAGACAUCUGGUCUCUGGGCCUGUCAUUGGUAGAGAUGGCAAUUGGCAUGUAUCCCAUACCACCACCUGACGCUAAGACAUUAGCUACCAUAUUUGGAGGACAAAAUGAAGAUCAUUCUCCGGGACAGGCUCCAAAUUCCCCUCGUCCGAUGGCGAUAUUCGAGCUACUAGACUAUAUAGUGAACGAGCCCCCGCCGAAGUUACCUGCGGGGAUAUUCUCCGAUGAAUUCAAAGACUUUGUCGACCGCUGCCUCAAGAAGAAUCCUGACGAGAGAGCUGAUCUCAAGACAUUGAUGAACCACGAAUGGAUCCGUCAGGCUGAGGGUGAGAAGGCGGACAUAGCGGGGUGGGUGUGCCGCACCAUGGACCUGCUGCCCGCCACACCAAACUCUAACGUGUCUCCUUUUUCUUCAUAAGCUGCAAGAAAUGCAUACUUUCAUCAGCGAAAAAGGGUCAAAACAUUUCGCAGGAGAGAGCGGGCGAAACGAUCAGUGAGGACGCUGGCUGCGAGGAGUAGCCGGGGGGCGAGCGUUGUAUGUCAGCCGCACGCAGUAUGUCAACUCUAGGUACCAUUAGCAUGACCGCAACCGCAGUGACCGCACACCGCAGUGACCGCAAACGCAGUGACCGCACACCGCAGUGACCGCAAACGCAGUGACCGCACACCGCAGUGACCGCACAACGACCACACUCUCACGGCCUCGCGACGUUCACACUUCGACCGUCCUAAAACAGCCCCACCUCAAACCCCAUGUUAACACCUUCACUGCCAUCGACUCUGCCGAGUUUAAUACGAAAAAUCUUGUGGCAUUGAACGUGUUAAUUGGUUUUAACGUCCGAAGCCGUAUGUGUGUUAUUCGAUGUUUAGAUUAAUCUAAAACAAAUUUAAAAAUGUUAUUAUUUCUUCGAAUGUAUUAUCUGUUCAUGUUAACGUGAAAAUUUAUAUAAAUAAAUAAAAAAUAACUUGAAAAG